AUGAAUAACGACAGUUUCGUCUGGCGCCACGGAGACCGUACCCCAGUUUGGGACUACCCCGGAGACCCGAAUGCAAAUUAUUCGUGGCCGGCCGGACCCGGGGAGUUGACACCGCGUGGAGCCGUGCAGCACAAACGUCUGGGCAGGAUUCUAAGAAACAUAUCUUUCUGCGCUCCACCGCUCUUCCAAAGAGCAAUUUCCUCCGCUCAAGCCGAUAUGUCAGGAUUUUUUCCAAAUCUCGGGAAUGGUAGCUUACCGGAACCCUCCUACCGAGGCCGCAUCCCGAUCCACACGUUUCCGGUCAAAACUGACCCGGCUUUUGUACCCUCCUGCCCGAAUUACGAUAUUAAACAGCAAGAAUAUAUUGACUCGAUGCGACCGGAAGUGAUGCGUAAAUUUGGGCACCUGAUCGAUCUCAUCUACACCAAAACCGGGCUGAACGUGACGUUGAACAGCUUUGACCCUUAUAAUAUCUACGAUUUGUUGCAUAUACAGAGGGACAUCUACCAUCUUACUGUACCUGAUUGGGUAACCCCACAAGUGAUGUACGACCUGAAGCAGUUCAGUAUCUGGAGGAUUAGUACGAUGGUUGGAUUCGGAAGUCCACCAUCUACAGAAAUUAUUCGAUUUAAAGGCGAAAUGCUCAAGGAAAUCCUGCAGCGCUUCGAAGACAAACUGGCUUGUCUCCAGAAUCCCCAGACCCCGGAUGCAAAUUGCUCUUUCCUGGGCCCGCUGAAGUUUUAUGCGUAUUCCUCGCAUGACACGACGGUCUGCAGCGUCUUGGCGUCAUUAGGCAGUUAUCCGGCAAUACCAGGGCACUACACCCAUUACACAAUUUGUGUGGUCCUGGAGCUGUGGAUGCGAGACGGAAUACCGUAUAUCAAGAUCAAGCUCCGCCCAACUCAGUGGGGACAAUUCCACAUUUUCACCCAAUUCACCACCGGGUGCCCGUCGGAUGAAUUUUGUGACUUUCAGACCUUCAAAAACCGGAGCCUCCCGUACUUGCCGAGAAACGUGAAGCUGGAGUGCGGCCUGGGA